GAGAGGUAGAGAGAGAGAGAGAGCCAAUAUUCAGCUAGGCAUUGUUGUAACCUCCAUUGUAUUUUUCCAUCACUUAGUGGAUUCUCUUAGCCCCAAACACUCUUCCCAAUCUUGCUUGCUUGUUUAUUUACCUUGCUUCCUUUCUUGUGUGAGUGAUUGGCUUCCACAACACCUUGAGGUCCCAAUUGCCCAAGGUUGUGCUUGUGACCACUGUGUGCACUUGCAAUCUGUUGAUUGCUAGAAUCAGCCCCUUUAUUUGUCUUCCGCUGUGUUUGUGAGGUUAGGCUGACUUAGCUCGACGGACUGAGCUGAGUGCCGCACGGCUUAAGCGAUUUUCGGGGUUGGAAUCACUUAGCCCGUGACAAGUGGUAUCAGAGCUUCAGAACUUGUUUCUGGCUUGUUCUGCUGGUUCUGAUUGUGAGGUUCAUCCUGCCGAAGUGAAGCCCUUUGAUACCAGUGAUAAGCGGUAUCACAGCCAGUGAGCUGCAAAGUGAGGUUCACUGCUGUCUUCUGAGGUUCACUGCUGCAACAGGAGUUUCGCUGGUCCGAAGAGAGCUGCCAUCGGAAGAAGCUGUGACGAGGGUCAUUGGCUGUCCGAGGUUUAUUGGAGCUGAUACGAGGUGAGUGUAUCAGUACCUUUCGCCAAUUUUCCCUGUGCAAGUGUUUCUGCCCAAGUUCCCCCCCCACUGUUGUGAGGUUCUUUCUGGAUUUUGGUGGAGAGUUUCUGCCUUGUCCUGGGGAGAGUCUGUUGAGGUCGAAAUCUGGUUGGCUGUGUUGUGCAAAUUUCUGCCUGUUGAAGUGAGGAUCUUCCAGGGGAAAUUCUGCUGGUGUUAAGGUUGCCAGGGGAAAAUUCUGCCAAAGUGAGGUUAGAUCAGGCUGUGACUGGACAAAUUCUGCCAGUUUCGUGGAAGGCCUGUGGAGGCAGAUUUGUGGCGGGGUUCAUCAGCUGAGGACUGGGCGAGUUGCGCAGAGGCAGUUUCUGAAGCGAGGUUCAUUCUGCCUGAUUUCGGUGGGAUCGUGCAAGCAGUGGUGUAGCAGAGGUGUAGCAGCUGUGAGGUUCAGUUGCGUUGGUAGGCAUUCAAGUGAGGUUCAGAUUGCCUGCAGAAGCAGAUUUGCGGUGGAAGCUGUGGCAGACGAGGUUAAUUCUGCCUGAGGAAGCAGUAGCCAGCGAGUUUCAAUUGGGGUCCAGAAUUGUGACUGGUGAUUUCUGGACGCUGAAGCAGAUUGUUGGGAGGUUCAAAAUCUGCACGCUGGUUGGGCAGUUUUGAGGCAGCAGCACAGUGAGGUUCAUUGCCGUGUACAGCCCCAAUGUCAAGCCUAAGUGAGGUUCAUUUGGGUGCAGCAGGCAGUAGUGGUGUUCCUAAGGGGAAAGAGCCCAUUGGUGAAGGAAAGGGAGUAGAGGAGAGGCUUUGUGAGUUGGAAGGACUGGUUGCCCGUAUCUCAGUGCAUCUCAUCAAUGAGGGUGAGCAAGUUGAGGAGUUGGAAGCUCACAUUGGGGAAUUGGAAACAAGGGGUGACGAAUUCCGCGAGGAGAUGCAAGUAGCCAUGAAAGGCAUUGAGGAGAUCGCGAGGCAAGGUAUGUCCGAAGCCCACUCUCUUUCCAAUGAUGUUGCUAGCCUUAGGGAAGAGAACAAGUUCCUAAGGGAGGAACUUGGAAGAAUGGUGUUGGAGCUAAAGAAGGUGAUGGAUGAAGUUGAGCUCUUGAAGAGAGCAAAUAGCCAUAAUGGUGUGGCAAGCUCAUCCACUUCUUUGGAGGUGCCUAGUAGAGAAGAAUUGCCCAAAUCGCAUUCCAAUGGGUUGGAGGAUGCAAGGGAGGAAGUCCCAAAGGAGAGGAGACCUUUGCGAAGGUGUUGGUUUUGUGAAGGCCCUCAUAAGAAUGGUGAAUGCCCAAGGAGGAGUGAGCUUGUUGCUAAGAAGCAAAGCAACGAAGAGACUCCAAUGGAGCCAAGGGUGGCAUACUUGGGUUCUAUACAAGUGUGUGGAACACUUGGACGGGUGGUCAAUUUGGAGGAGCAAGAUGAGGUGGCGGGUACCUCAUCAUCUUCAUCAUCCUCAUGUUGGAAGAAGGACCUUGGGGAAUGUGGGGACCAAAAGGGUAUGAAGUUGCCGAGGGAGCAACCACCAAGGGAAAAGGUGGAUGGUGCCAUGGACGAGGGGUCCGUAGUAGCUGAAAGUCCAAGGGGAGUGGUUUCGCCGAAGCGAGGGAGGCGUAGGCGACGACGCUCAAGGGGGAGCAAAAGUAGGUGCAAAGCCGAGGGGAUGGCAAAGUCACCUAGCCACAAGGACGAGGGGAAUGCUACUAGUGCACUUGAGGAGAAGGCUGAAGGCAACGCUUCGUAUGUAGGUGGACAUGCGAAGAGGUCCUCCACAACUUCGCACAAGAGAGAUGCGAAGAGGUCCGAAGUUUGCUCAUGUGAUGGGGCAUCUUCUAUGGCGAACUCUAGCAUUGGGGAAGUAAGUUCCCAAGAGGAGAAGGAUCUAGAGGAAUGUCGGGUCCAAGGUGAAGCCGAGUUGCCGAGAGGGCUACCACCGAGGGAGAUGGUGGUUUGUGCUUUGGAUGGUGGAUCCAACAAGGAGCUGGCAGCCGAAUGUCCAAAGGAGGUGGUGUUGCCUAAGCAAGGGAAGCGAAGGCGACGUUGCUCAAGGGAGAAGAGCAAUAAUAGGUGCAAGGCCGAGGGAAUGGCGAAGUCACCUAACCACGUGGACGAGGGGAGUGCUGCUGGGGCACAAGUGGAGAAUGGCCAAGGCAACAAGGAGCACGUGGGGGAUCGUGCAUUGCAUGUAGGUGGACAUGCAAGUGGGACCGACACGGAGCAUGCAGAUGGACAUGCAAAUAGAUCCGACUCUAGCUCGCGCGUUGAGGGACGUGCGAGGAAGACGCGACGAGGGCGUCGCGAGAAUGAGUGGGGGAGAGUGUCACGGUCCAAGAGCAGUGAGACCGAGAAACCCCACAACUCGAGGAAAUAUGAGCCGAGGAGGUCGCGGAGGCGAAAUCGGCGAAGUAUUGCUAGCGGUACAUGCGGCAGCCAAUUGGUGGGCCAACGGGCCAAUUCUGCAACGGGGGCAGAUUUGGUGUCGCAAGCUGGCAGUAGGCUGAAUGAGGUUCAGCCUGGGGCUAAUGAGGUUCAGCGGCUGGGAAGAUCGCUGACUGGUGGUGGAGCUGCUAGGCUGCCAAGAGGGAGUUGCGCUGAGACUGGCAGGAGGCUGGGGCGCAUGGCAGGCCAGCAGGGAAAUGAGGUUCACUGUGGGAGUUGCCAGGAGUUGGCAAAGCUGCUGGACGUGUUGAUAGGCUGCUGGAGCAGUGGUUGGCCGCUGGAGGCAAGGACAGGUCCAACUGGACCAUGGCAGGCCGCUGGGAGGAAACGGGCACGGGCCCAGCAUUGUAGAAAAGAGGUUCAUGGCUGCAGUAGUGGUGCAGCAUGUGACGGGCCCGUAAGAGUUGCAGCGCCCGCGGCCCAGCGCCCAAAUGAGGAUUGGAGGCGCUCGGCCCAGCAUGCUGGUAGGCGAGCAGCCCAGCAGGUAGACGAGGUUCACGGAUGUGCAGGCCAGAGCCCAGACGAGGUUCGUGGACGUGCAGGCCAGAGCCCAAAUGAGGUUCACGGUGGCACUGUAGCGCGCAGGAGGCGCCCAGCAACGGGCCCGCAACAGGCAGGCGCGCAGCAAACUGGGCUGGCGCGCCCCCAGGCCUGCCAGACUCGCCAGAUAAGCCCAGAAGAGGUUCAAACUGGGCAGAAGAUUCCAGAACGUCCCAGAUUUGCUGGGAAACGUCCAGGGCAGCAGAAUAGGGCCAAACUGGAGACAAAGGAAGCUUCUCCAAGGAGCAGCUUGGGGAGCACGAAUUCUGGAGAUUUCUAAUUGUUAUUUUAUUGUAAAAGCUUCCCCAAGAAGCUUCCAAUCUCAGCCACAAAUGGGGGAUGUGGCAGCCCUAUAAAUACCCCCUUAAGAGGUUCAUUUAGAGAGAGAGAGAGCCAAUAUUCAGCUAGGCAUUGUUGUAACCUCCAUUGUAUUUUUCCAUCACUUAGUGGAUUCUCUUAGCCCCAAA